CCUCCCCGCACCACAGCCCGUCACCAUUGUCUCUCUCCUCACCUCACAGACAACAGAGCCAUAUAUCUGGUCUGACUGGCAGGAACGGCAGUCACUCCCCGUCCUCCGACAGAGCCGACAGUACUGACAACUUCUCCCGUGUGAUAAUAGGUGCAGCAUAAUGAUGGGAGGUCCCCUUCAGCCCUGCGUCCUGUUACUGACGCUGCUGGGGUUGUGUUUCGCAGUGACGCCGUUGAUGGAAGAUCAGCAACAGGUGCCUGAAAUUCCACUCAACCUGCGACCCAUCAUCGGUAUCCUAUCACAGGAACCGAGUCGCAGCAUGAAUCGAGUCCUGAGCCACAAAAACUAUACUUCCUACAUCGCUGCCUCCUACGUCAAGUACUACGAGAGUGCUGGUGCCAGGGUCGUUCCCAUCCUAAUCAACCAAAAUGAAACUUACUACAGGGAGAUCAUGGAGUCUAUCAAUGGGCUGGUGUUCCCGGGAGGAGCUGUCCCCAUCACGCAGGAGAGCGGGUACGGGCGGGCUGGCAGGAUGCUCUACGAUAUCCUCCUGGAGGCGGCCCACCUGGGUAAGCCGACAGUCCCACUCUUCGCCACCUGUCUGGGCUUCGAGAUGCUCAUGUACCUCAGUGACAACAACACCAACCCACUGACCAGCUGCCGCGCCAAGAACCGGGCUGACCCUCUCUACCUGCAGGAAGGUUGGAACUCGUCGCAGCUUCUGGGGGAGGCGCCUGAGGACGUGCUGGACACCCUCGCCAACACUAACGCCACCAGCAACUUCCAUAAGUGGUGUGUCACGCCUGAGACUUUCCAGAACUCCAGUUUGGAGAAGAAUUUCCUGUUGUUGUCGACCUCUGAGGACGACGAUGGCCUGGAGUACGUGUCCACAGUAGAGCACCGCCACCUGCCCAUAUACGGUUUCCAGUGGCACCCGGAGAAGAAUAUCUUUGAGUGGGGCUUUGACUCCAUCCCACACACCCUAGACGCCAUCAGGUCAUCACAGUACAUCGCCAACUUUUUCGUCGAGAAAGCUCGUCUCAACAACCAAACCUUCCCCACGGAGGAGGAGGAGAUCGCUGCCCUCAUCUACAACCACAGUCCCAUCUACACCGCCACCCUCUACCCCUCCUCCUUCCAGCAGUGUUACUUCUUCAAGUAGACUGAAGACGCCAACCACCAAGACGACUCUCAUGUACACAAGAUGAUCUUCCUUUUUACUGAAUAUUGUUUAUUUUUUUACACUAAAAACAUUUGUUCAACUUGACAAGCAGCGGCAGAAGUUCAACUAUCACUCCUGCUCAUUGCCAGCUUCAAUGUGUACCUGCACGCUGUUAAAACUUGUUCCUCUGACUUCAUCAGCAAGUGUCUCCUAGUUCGUGAGCACCUGGCAUUAUCAUUCCCUUGUCAGCAAGUUAUUGUAAGAUUACUCUUUAUUAUCUGUUCGAAUAUAUGCUCUUGAAUUCAUAAAAAAAAUAAUCGGGGCGUAACCAAAAAUACUGUAAGAUGAAGAAUAGAGUUUGGAGAGAGAGCUGUUAAUAAGUUUUUGUUUAUAUCCAAACCCAAGUGUAUGUAAAAACAGAAUAUUCUUAUGUACUGGAGUAACAUAAAAAUAUCACGAGGGAAAUAUGUAUGUGAUAUUAUAUCUAAGAUUUAUAUGUAACACAGACAAAAUUUGAAUGCAACAUCAUAACCAGAAAUCGUAAUAAUGUGACUAAAAUCAAAUGUAAUAUCAAAAGAAAUUUUUGCAAAUAAGAUAAAAAAAAUGUCAUGUUGCACAAAGAACAAAAUUCGUAUAUAACCGUAAAAUCAAAAUGCGUGUGUAAAGCAGCCAAAUUUAUAUGUAACUUCCAGAUUAAAGGUUUUAUAUAACACCCAAA